GGCGUUCUCUCUCUCUCUCUCUCUCUCUCUCUCUCUCUCUCUCUCUCUCUCUUUCUCUCUGAGUACAGACCUCUUAAAAUAGACAGGGCAACUCAAGAAGCCAUUUUGCCUCUGGUGGAAAAACAUCAUGGUCUGCGGUCAGGGAUUGCGACAGCUCUCAUCCUGUUGACCUGUUACACCCUGUGACAGUCUUGCUUUCUUCAAUCUGACCAGGAUCACCAUCACUCUGGAAACUUGUAGAUCUCUGUAAUCCACAUUCUUUUCAUUUUUUCCAACAGCAUUCCCUUCUGACAUGAUUAAAGCAUGAAGAAACUGAUGUCUUUAGCCCAAAAACUCUGUCCAGGGUCACGGAGAGACCUGGACGUAAAGAAACCGGCUGGAGCCUGCAAUGGUCUAGACCCGCCGCAGGAGAAGAUGAUCAUGAGGAGGGAGAUUUCUCUCACUAAUGGCAUCUGCUUAAUUGUGGGCAACAUGAUUGGCUCAGGCAUUUUUGUGUCGCCAAAGGGUGUGCUGAUGCACAGCGCCUCCUACGGCCUUUCGCUGGUCAUCUGGGCUCUCGGUGGCAUCUUUUCUGUGUUUGGUGCACUGUGUUAUGCAGAACUUGGAACCACUAUUACAAAGUCUGGCGCUAGUUACGUGUACAUCCUGGAGGCUUUUGGGGGUUUCCUUGCUUUCAUUCGUCUGUGGACGUCCAUCCUGCUGGUCGAGCCGGCUAGCCAGGCGGUCAUCUCGCUGACGUUUGCCAACUACCUGGUGGAAGCGUUCUACCCAACCUGUCAGCCUCCGUACGAUGCUGUGAGGCUGAUAGCAGCGGCUUGUCUCUGUAUCCUGAUCUUCAUAAACUGUGCUUAUGUGAAGUGGGGCACUUUGGUUCAAGAUGUUUUCACAUACGCCAAGAUCAUGUCUCUACUCCUCGUCAUCACAAUGGGCAUCAUUAAGAUAAUUAAUGGAGAAACGAAGAACUUCAUUAAUCCAUUCGAGGGUUCCUCCACGGAGGCGGGCAGCAUUGCCCUGGCUCUUUAUUCAGCUCUGUUCUCCUACUCUGGCUGGGACACGCUCAACUUUGUUACUGAGGAGAUCAAGAACCCUGAGAGGAACCUUCCCAUCGCUAUAGCCAUCUCCAUGCCAAUAGUGACAGUCAUCUACAUACUGACCAACGUGGCAUACUACGCUGUUCUGGACAUGCCUUCUUUCAUGGGUAGUGAUGCAGUGGCUGUAACAUUUGGAAAUCAGGUGCUGGGCCCCAUUAGCUGGAUCGUUCCCAUCGCCGUGGCCAUGUCUUGCUAUGGAGGACUCAAUGCCUCCAUCAUUGCUGCCUCCAGGUUGUUUUUUGUGGGGGCAAGAGAAGGCCACCUUCCCAUCAGCUUAAGUCUGAUCCACGCUGAGCGCUACACUCCUGUCCCUGCACUCCUCUUCAAUUGCAUGAUGGGUCUGAUCUUCCUGUGUGUGGAGGAUGUGUUUCAACUCAUCAACUACUUCAGCUUCAGUUACUGGCUGUAUGUGGGCCUGUCUGUGGCCGGACUCAUUUACCUGCGCAUCACUCAGCCUGACAGACACAGGCCGGUCAAGCUCACAUUGUUCUUUCCCUUCGUCUACUGCCUGUGCAGUGUGUUCCUCGUGAUCGUUCCUCUGUACAGCGACACCAUUAACUCUCUCAUAGGAGUUUCCAUCGCACUGUCUGGGGUGCCGGUUUAUUACCUGUGUAUCUACUUGCCCGCAGAGAAACGUCCAAAAUGGAUUGGUAAACUAAAUGAUGCUGUCACCAAAUACACUCAGAUCAUGUGCUGCUGCUGCUUGACUGACCUGGACGUGGAGCCAGAGAAGUUGGCAGAACCAAAGACUCAAUAACUAUUUCAAGAGGAUGUGCCUGGAGCAUGGAUUCCAUCUCUCAGAAAAAAAGACAAACUGUUUAUCAAAAGCAAAUACCUCAUGGAUUUAUAGAGUAUAUCUCAUAGAGAUCAAAUUCUGACGAUAUCUCCAAGAUAUCUUUUUUGCUCAGUUUAACUGAAUAGCAAGAAUACUGUGUGUAAUUUAUCGUACUGGUGUGUUUCAUCACUGUUCGCCUUUUUUUAUUUCAUUUACUCUGUCAAGGUCUAAAUGAAGUUUGUACGCCACUGAUUUAAAAAGACUGUACUUAAAGGUACUGGAAGAACUACACUGAACUACUUUUUAGUUUCAGACUUGGAAGGAAAACAGGGCCUCGGAGCUGAAUGUACAGGCAAACUGUACAACAUAUCUCAUCUCAGCCUUUUUGGGACUACAGUAUAGACUCAUGGGACUUUUUUGCAAAAGAAAAUGCACAUUUCUUUUUUGAACUGUUUGUCAGAUGCAGUAAAAAUGGAAGAAUAUUCUAUUUGUGAUUUGUGAAAUUCAAAGAUGAGUGAUUUUGUCAUUUUGAUAUGUGCACUUUUUUCUGUAUGAUAACUACACUUGGUUGGCUGUCUAGUUGAUGUUUUUUAUUCACUUGAAAAAAAAAAGAGAAGAAAACAGGAAGUAUCGCUUAGACGUCACUGAA